GUUGAAGACUACCACUCGCCAGGCUCUAUGCGACCAUGCGUACUAUACUCUCUUACGCUCGGCUAUUCAACGCAUCCUCUGUUUGGUCUGCAAAUCCUUUAUCCAAUCGAAACCCCACCUCGAGAAUUGUCAAUUUCCGCCGUUUGAGUCCCUGCGAAAGAUUUCAAACCUUUUGGUCUGGACGAACCCUUGCGAUCAUGGCUGGAAACGAAGAUUUUGUGAAGGGAAAUGUAUUCCCCAAUGGAGUCGCUGUUAUCACCCUCGACCGCCCCAAAGCUCUCAAUGCCAUGAAUCUUGAUAUGGACACAAAAUACAAAAAUUAUCUUGAUGAAUGGGAAACAGAUCCGAGAGUCAAAUGCGUUCUGGUAGAAAGCAGUUCACCUCGUGCCUUCUCAGCAGGAAUGGAUAUUAAGGGGGUUGUUGCUGAAAUUCAAAAGGACAAAACCACGCAUCUUGUGCAGAAGGUAUUUACUGCAGAAUAUUCUCUGAUAUGCAAAAUUUUUUACUACAAUAAGCCUUAUAUUUCCUUAAUGGAUGGCAUAACAAUGGGUUUUGGGAUUGGCCUCUCUGGUCAUGGUCAAUAUCGAAUUAUUACUGAGAGAACUGUCCUUGCCAUGCCAGAAAAUGGAAUUGGCUUGUUUCCAGAUGUUGGAUUUGCUUACAUUGCAGCACGUAGUCCAGGAGGAGGUUCAGUUGGUGCUUAUCUUGGAAUGACUGGAAAAAGGAUUUCUUCUCCUUCUGAUGCAUUAUAUGUAGGACUUGGGACUCAUUAUGUGCCAUCUGGAAACUUGGGUUCACUGAAGGAGGCCCUUCUUGCAUCGACCUUCUCUGGUGACCCACAUGUGGAUGUCAAAGUGUUAUUGUCUAAGUAUAGUAAGGAGCCUGAGGUAGAGGCCCAACUGAAGUUACUUUUACCACAAAUAGUCUCAGCCUUUGGAAAAGACAAGUCUGUCAUCAAGACAGUGGAAGAACUUGAGAAGUAUCAAUUAAGUUCAGAAACUACAGUGGCAGAAUGGGCUACUGAUGCACUUGCAGGGAUCAGAAAAGGUGCUCCUUUUUCCCUUUGUUUAACACAAAAUCAUUUUUCUAGAGUUGCCUCUGCACUUGGAAAAAGUGACAAUGCUUUAUGCAAAUUAAGUGGCGUAAUGAAAGCUGAAUAUCGCAUCGCUACAAGGUCUUCGCUUCGAAAUGAUUUUUCUGAAGGUGUACGUGCAGUGUUGGUGGACAAGGACCAGAACCCAAAGUGGAAUCCAUCAAGAUUGGAGGAUGUGGUUACAAGGGAAGUGGAUGCUCUAUUUGAGCCAUUGGACCCUGAAGUCGAAGAACUGAACGUGUGAUUCCAAGAUCAAAUUCUUCCAAUCUUUUUGUAGCUUCUUCUGUAUAUUAACAGCACGUGGAGUUAAGUUACCAUUUGAAUAAAUCAUACAUCCAAUGGAGAAUUAGAUAAAUAAAAAAUUGGCAUGAGGAUGGCACUUCGUACUGGUAGCCAAUUUUGACUUUACUAUAUGCUUAAUGUCAACAAUAGUAAUUCUACAUCAAUUGGCAAGAGAGGAUGAGCAUAUUUGAUAAUUCAUGGUAUCAAGCAAUACAGAUCCUAAUAGUUUGAUAAGGUUAUAGCAAUUUGCUGUUACAUGGGUGUCGAUACUCUUCAUUUUAAA